UUUCGUACGGUAAGAAAUGGAUGCCCUUUUUGAAUUGUUUACAGUGACCCGAGUCAAAAUUAGUCGUGCUUUCUGAAACAUAUUCACCCAAAACGCAGAAGAAAGUGAGAACACGACAACACGAUGUAAAAUGUGGAAAUACAUGUGCACGAGCGUGUCGCUUUCUGCUGUAGCUGCGCUUGACCAGUGCCCGCGCGCUCCUCCAUCCUUAGCAACUGUUAGCUUAACCCAAAGUUAGCUGUUUUAUUUCGUCUAUUUUCAAUUACUAGUGCCCCUAAAGUCAAUAGAGAAACACAUUUCACCAUCAGCUCCAUGUAGCUGAGUGGUGUCUGAAGCAUCAGCAUGGAAAUGAUGAAGAUAGAGCAGGUUGUUGUUGGGAGUGAGCGGAGAUCCACUACAGCGGAGAUCAAGACCGAGCCCGGGGUCGCUCCUCUGCAGCCCUAUCAGCACGAGAGUCUGCAGUGUUUUCAGUGCUUCAUCACCUUCUGUAACUCCAAAGCCAAGGAGAGACACAUGAGGAAGAGUCAUCGGGAGCAGUACACGCAGCAGCUGCAGCAGAAUGAUACGCUCUUCAUUUGCUACAAGUGCGAUAAGAGCUUCUCAUUCUCUGAUGAGCUCAGCCAGCACCAGGCCUCCCACAGCACAGAAGAGAAGCCCUUCCACUGUCUUUACUGCCGGAAAAACUUUUUCACCUUCACUGAGCUGAACAAACACAGACGACACGAAUGCGUAGAGCGACGGUGUCCCUGCAGGGACUGUGGCGCCCUGUUCCCCAGUCCCUCCCGCCUUCGCCGCCAUCGCAUCUCAGCGCACCCCCAGCGCCCCAUCGUGGCUGAAGACGUCAACACCUACCAGUGCUGCAAAUGUAGUCGUGGUUUCCAGACUGAAGAGGAGCUCCUGGAGCACCAGGAGAAAUUUGCCAAUGCUGUAAACUGUGACGUUAAGCCGCAGGGCAAAAAACGAGGCCGCAAACCCAAACACGCAGCACAAGUUGAGAACAAGAAGAUCAAACAAGAGGAGGACGCAGGGGAAUACAAUGACUCAAAGGCAAACCCCUCCGAUAAGCAGGAACGGGAGCUCCAGAUUCCUUGUUCUGAAGCAGAUUGUGACCUCAUAUUCCCCUCUGUCGCAGCGCUGCGAGCACACAAGAGGGAGAAACACGGGCCUUCGGCUCACAAAGGUCACGCAUGCACAGAGUGUGAAGAGAGCUACGGCCGGCUCGAACAGCUCAAAGAACACAUGGCCAAGGUGCACAGCUCUGGAUACCUCUGCCCCACCUGUGGAAAGUGCUUUGCACGAGAAAGCACCCUAAAGAGUCACCAGAACACCCACACAGAGGGAGAGGAGGCAGCAGAGAAAAGAUAAUACACGGGGAAAAGACUGUAACUUCAUCCUACAUCCUUCAGUUAAAUGAUUGUCAGAGUGUUUCCCACCAUAACUCUGUGUCGUGUAGGUAGAAGAUUUCUAUGUGAAUAUUUUAGGUCGAGAGUUUUUGAAGCAAGGUUACGCAACACACGAAUUAUGGAGGUUAUAUCUGGAAUGCCGUUUUUCGAUUGCUUUUAGAAAGACAUCCUACACCUGUGAAUAAAACUCUGUACCGAUCUGUACAUAAUUAUGAUUUAUGUCCACUGUAAGCUCAUGUCACGAGGCCCAUUUUUGCUGUCCGUGUUACCUCUAUUGUACCUGAAAUGUUUUUUAAUCAUGCAGACUGACUAGCUCAUUCUCACUCAAGUGUGGGGAUGUUUUCUACUGAGCUGUACUGUUUUCAGGAAAAUAAAAGGAUGAAUGUAAGUCCUAAAUAUGAUAAAAUCAAACAUCUGAUAAAUGGGCCACUGUAUAGGAUUCUGUAUUAAGGGACUGCAAUAAAGUAAUCUGCGGGUCUUAUUCCUCUUUUUCCUAAAGUUAA